AUGUCCUCGCGCCCGCCCCAGUCGCCAAUGGCGGCUCAGGUGCCGGGGUGCUCUAUGCGUGGCUCCUGCGGCUCGAAUGGAAUAUUCGGAAAGCCGCUACCAUGUCCGUUCGACGGCCCACCAGUGGUGCCUGGAGAGAAUGAACGUGACCAGCUCGUCUCAAUAUGUGGAGAGGAGUUUGCCGACGGCGAAGUGUGCUGCAACUCUGAGCAGCUCGAGCAGCUGCAGGACAACCUCGCGAAGGCGGAGACUUUGAUAUCAUCAUGUCCUGCUUGCCGAAACAACUUCCGGUCCUUCUUCUGCCAAUUCACCUGUUCUCCAAAUCAGUCUUCCUUCGUCAAUGUCACGCGUACACAAACGACUUCAAGCGGUCAAACCGCCGUCAAGUCGCUCGACUUCUACGUCUCCGAGAACUACGGAUCCGGGUUCUUCGAUAGCUGCAAGGGCGUGCAGGUUGGAUCGGCGAAUGUAUACGCCAUGGAUCUGAUUGGAGGUGGCGCGAAGAACUAUACAUCCUUCUUCGACUUUCUGGGCAAGGAGAACCCCUCCAUGGGUAGCCCAUUUCAGAUUGACUUCCCUCGAUCCGCGCCUCCAGGCAUCACCCCAUUAGACGCUCAGGCCAGAAGCUGUGCAGACACAGACAUUGGCAGUCGAUGCGCUUGCGUCGAUUGCCCCGACGUGUGUCCUUCCCUUCCGCCUGUGGAUACCACAGGUACAUGCCGCGUCGGUGUUAUCUCGUGUUUAUCCUUCGUCCUCAUCCUCGCCUACGCUCUAUGUGUUGCCUCUUUCAUCACUGGCUACUCCCUGCAGACGUUCUUUCGACGGCGCAACAAACAUGGACGUAUCUUUCUCUCCACCGACGAAACCACUGCCACCCCGCUAUCCCCUACCUCGCGAACGCGGAAUCUCGUGGGCGCCUCAUCUCUGGCAUCCACCAACGGCAGCUCAUGGGAGCCACCAGCCAGGGCUGUUACGCUCCUUGACCCUAUUGAGACCGUGCAGCCUCGGCAGUAUAGGUUAAACGCUUGGCUCCGUCGCACCUUCUACAAGUCCGGUCUCUGGAUCGCCACCCAUCCAUGGCUGACCUUUGCAGUCAUGUUCACCAUCAUGGGUCUCUUCAACAUUGGUUGGAAGGACUUCUCGGUGGAGAAGGAUCCCGUCCGCCUGUGGGUUGGUCCCAACUCAGAGAGCAAGCUGCAGAAGGACUAUUUCGACGAACAUUUCGGGCCCUUCUUCCGACCUGAGCAGAUCUUUGUCCAUUCAGCCCCAACGAGCGACGGUCUUCAGAAUCCGCCCGUCAUGACUUGGGAUCAUCUGAAGUAUUGGUUCAAGGUCGAGUCCGAGAUCCGCUCCCUGAAGUCGUCUCCGAACAACUACACCUUGCCCGACGUCUGCUUCAAGCCCCUUGGCCCCAAAGGCGCUUGCGUCUUCCAGUCCGUGACGGCUUGGUUCGACAACGACAUCGACAAUACGAGCGAGGACGAGUGGGAGGAUCGCAUUGAGCAGUGCGCGAGCCGCCCGGUCGAGUGCCUGCCCGACUUCAUGCAGCCCCUCGGUCCGAAAUAUGUCCUUGGUGGCGUUCCCAACGGCGACCAAUACGUCGACGCUGAGGCGCUUGUCGUCACCAUCGUCGUGAACGACUCGCUCGACUUGGAGGUGCGGGAGAAGGCGAUGGAGUGGGAGCGUACGCUGCGGGCUUACCUGGUCGACUUGAUGGAGAGGGCGCCGAAGGAGGCUGGCUUGGAACUAUCCUUCUCCACCGGUGUAUCACUUGAGGAGGAGAUCAACAAGAGCACAAACAUGGAUGUCAAGAUCGUCGUCUUAUCAUACCUCGCUAUGUUCCUCUACGUCUCCCUCACCCUCGGCAACAACUCCCUCGCACGCGACGAGCCGGGCAUCCUGUCAUCCCUGCAUAGUUGGGCUACGAACUUCCCACGCCUCUUCUCCAGCGCGUCAUCGUCCACACUGUCCAUCGACUCGCGCAAUACACCUCGAGUGUUCCCUCGAAUACCUCGCAAGCUCUUCAUAGGCUCUCGCGUCAUGCUAGGACUCUUCGCCAUAUCUAUCGUCAUCCUUUCGGUCGCGUCUUCCGUCGGUUUCUUCAGCGGGGUGGGUGUCAAGGUGACGCUCAUUAUCGCCGAGGUCAUUCCCUUCCUCGUACUCGCCGUGGGCGUGGACAAUGUCUUCAUUCUCGUGAACGAGCUCGAUCGGCAGAACAUGUUACAUGGACCCAACGCCGCUGCGCCCUCCGAUAACGCGGCAUCCAUCAACGGCUUGAUGACUUCGCCCACUCGUCGACAGACAGACCUUUCCCAGGAUAUGUCUGUCGAUGCAGCGUCCAUGCCGUUAUACCUCCCAACCGAAGAGCGGAUCGCACGUACGGUAGCGAAGAUGGGCCCUUCCAUCCUGCUCAGCACGAUCACGGAAACAAUCGCAUUCUUACUUGGUGCUCUCGUGCCGAUGCCCGCUGUGCGAAACUUCGCGCUGUACGCUGCUGGUAGUGUGUUCUUCAACGCGCUACUUCAAGUCACGGUCUUCGUCGCCGCCCUUAAUCUCGAUCUUCGCCGAAUGGAGUCGAAUCGCGUUGACUGCUUCCCAUUCAUCCGUCUACCCUCGCGCAUUCGCUUAUUGGAGGCACCAGCGGCCACAGCUGCCGGUCUUGGUGCUCUUGCGAGGGGCAUUCGCAAGUACUAUGCUCCCUUUAUCUUGCGAUCGCCAGUGAAGAAUCUUGUCAUGUUGGUGUUCGGCGGUAUCUUCAUUCUUUCUGUGAUAUCAAUACAGCAUCUCAAGCUCGGUCUCGACCAGCGAUUGGCUCUACCUGGCGAGUCUUACCUGAUUCGCUGGUUCGACGAUAUAAACUCGUAUCUCGACAUCGGCCCUCCAUUGUACUUCGUGACCCACGACGUGAACGUGACUGCGCGCGAGGGUCAGCAGGCGCUUUGCGGCCGUUUUACGACGUGCGAGCAACUGUCCAUCGCAAAUCUUCUUGAGGUCGAGCGCAAUCGCACAGACGUAUCUUACCUCUCGCAACCCACCUCUUCGUGGAUCGACGACUUCCUUUCAUGGCUCAACCCUCAGUUCGAGUCGUGCUGCCGCGUGAAGAAACGGGAUCCCACGCAGUUCUGCACGCCACGCGACCGCGACCGCUUAUGUCAGCCAUGCUUCCAGGACCGUGAGCCUGCGUGGAACACGACGAUGAACGGUCUACCCGAGGGCGAUGAAUUCGUGUACUAUCUUCGCCAGUGGCUUGCCACUCCUCCCUCGGAAGACUGCCCUCUCGCCGGCGCGGCUGCUUACGGGGACGCUCUGUCCCUAGACGAGACGGGCGUGACUGCCUCCCACUUCCGCACUUUCCUGGAGCCGCUCAAGACCCAAGAAGACUUCAACGGUGCUUUCGCUGCCGCGCACCGUAUUGCAGACGAGAUGAGCGAAGCGACCGGCGCGAAGGUGUUCCCUUACUCCCUUUUCUUCGUCUUCUUCGAUCAGUACGCGCACAUCGUGGCCAUCACGCAAGAGGUGCUCGGGCUCGGACUAGCGUCCGUCCUCGUCGUCACGUCGAUCUUCCUCGGGUCCUGGAGGACGGGUACCAUUGUAACUGCAGUCGUCGCGUUGACCGUCGUCAACGUGAUGGGCGUGAUGGCUGUAUGGGGCAUAUACCUCAAUGCACUUAGCUUGGUCAACCUCGUUAUCUCGCUGGGUAUUGCCGUGGAGUUCUGCGCACAUGUCGCGAGGGCGUUCAUGACUUCUGGAUCUGGGUUACCGGAUGAUCACCCCGCGGGUCAGAAAGAGAGGGACGAAAGAAUGUGGACCGCGCUUGUUGACGUUGGCCCCUCGGUCCUUUCGGGCAUCACCUUCACCAAGCUUAUUGGGAUGUGUGUGCUCGCCCUCACGCACUCACAGCUUCUUAAGAUCUACUACUUCCGCAUGUGGCUUACACUCAUCAUCUCCGGCGCACUUCACGGACUCGUACUUCUCCCUGUCAUCCUCAGUCUGGCAGGCGGCCCAGGCUUCCCCUUACAAGAGGCUGAUGAAGAGUGGAUGUCAAACGCCAUUCGUAAUGAUUAUGAACAUCCGCCUUUCCUCGCCGACGAUACGUCUUACCAUAGCGAUUAA